UUCAGUGACAGUCUUUUUUUUUUUAAUUAACAUUAACUAAUAAAAAUGUGGUCGGAUACAAUUCUUAUUGUUUUUAUAUCCGUAUGCACGGCAUUUUUGGGCGAAGGCCUAACUUGGGUGCUGGUAUAUCGCACGGAGAAGUAUCAAAAAUUAAAAACCGAGGUGGAAAAACAGAGCAAGAAAUUGGAACGACGAAAAGAGAUUCAUGGCGACUCUUUGGACAAGUCGGUCAAAAAGAAAAUCGAACGUGAUGAGGAAAAGCUUAAGAAUAACAAUAGAGAUUUGUCAUUGGUCAAGAUGAAGUCAAUGUUUGCCACGGGUUUCGCAUUUACCGCACUGCUCAGCAUGUUCAAUAGCAUCUUUGAUGGACGCGUCGUGGCACAAUUGCCAUUUACGCCUAUCUCUUGGAUUCAAGGAUUAAGUCAUCGUAAUCUAACAGGUGAUGAUUACACGGAUUGUUCGUUCAUUUUUCUAUAUAUUCUCUGCACGAUGUCCAUACGUCAGAAUAUACAAAAACUUUUGGGCUUCGCACCAUCGCGAGCUGCCAGCAAACAAGGUGUUGGUCUCUUUGGCCCAGCACCAGGACAAUUUAAAUAGAAAAAUUAACUAAAUUCAGUUUUGUGUUUUUGUUUGUUCAAAUUGCAUUUGGCAAUGAAGUGUACUAUAAAUUGUAUACCAAAAUAAAUAAGGAAAAUAUAGAAUUUUCUCUUCAAAUUGUACAAGCA